GAAAGGAAUGUGGUCCGAGGGUCUGCUGGUGGGCUUGGUGACUGCCGCUGCUCUCCUCUUGCUCGUGCUGGCGCUGGUGGUGAAGCAGUUGCUGAGGCAGAAGAGACCGGUUGGCUUUCCGCCUGGUCCGGCGGGGCUCCCUCUCAUCGGUAGUAUCCAUUCCCUGGCCGCGGAGCAGCCUCACGUCUACAUGAAGAGACAGAGUCAGCUGUACGGGCAAAUCUUUAGUCUUGAUCUUGGAGGUAUAUCAGCUGUUGUACUGAAUGGCUAUGAUGCAGUAAAAGAAUGCCUUGUUCAGCAAGGUGAAGUUUUUGCAGACAGGCCUUCUCUGCCUUUGUUCAAGAAGCUGACAAAAAUGGGAGGUUUACUGAAUGCAAGAUAUGGCAGAGGUUGGACAGAGCAUCGCAAAUUAGCUGUAACUAGCUUUCGAAACUUUGGAUAUUGUCAAAAGUCCUUUGAAAGCAAAAUAUCAGAAGAAUCGAUUAUUCUUCUUGAUGUCAUUGGUACUUACAAAGGCAAGGCUUUUGAUCUGAAGUGCUUGAUAACAAACGCAGUUUCAAACAUUACUAACUUAAUUAUUUUUGGGGAACGAUUUACAUAUGAAGACACUGAAUUCCAGCAUAUGAUAGAAAUAUUCAGUGAAAAUAUUGAAUUGGCUGCUAGUGCUUCUGUAUUUUUAUACAAUGCAUUCCCAUGGAUUGGUAACCUGCCCUUUGGAAAACAUCAACAACUUUUUAAAAAUGCUGCUGAAGUCUAUACUUUUUUACUCCACCUUAUUCAGCGUUUCUCACAGAAUAGGAAAACUCACUCACCUCGGCAUUUUGUAGAUGCAUAUUUAGAUGAAAUGGAUAGAAAUAAAAAUGAUCCUGAAUCUGUAUUUUCAAUGGAAAACUUAAUUUUUUCUGUUGGAGAACUCAUAAUUGCUGGAACAGAAACUACAACGAAUGUUCUAAGAUGGGCAGUCUUGUUCAUGGCUCUUUAUCCCAAUGUUCAAGGACAAGUGCAUAAAGAAAUUGAUUUAGUCAUUGGGCCCAACAAAACCCCAUGCCUAGAAGAUAAGUGUAAAAUGCCAUAUACGGAGGCAGUGCUACAUGAAAUUUUAAGAUUCUGUAAUAUAGCUCCAUUAGGUAUUUUUCAUGCAACUUCUAAGGAUACAGUUGUCCGUGGUUAUUCUAUCCCUCAAGGCACGACUGUAAUCACAAAUCUCUAUUCUGUACAUUUUGAUGAAAAAUACUGGAGUAACCCUGAAAUGUUUUGUCCUGAGAGAUUUUUGGACAACUCAGGACAGUUUGUCAAGAAAGAAGCAUUUGUUCCCUUUUCACUAGGACGAAGACACUGUUUAGGAGAGCAGCUGGCCAGAAUGGAAAUGUUUUUAUUUUUUACUGCAUUGCUUCAAAGAUUUCAUCUGCAUUUUCCUAGUGCUUUGCUUCCAAACCUUAAGCCCAAAUUUGGCAUGACGUUGCAACCUCAUCCAUAUCUCAUCUGUGCAGAGAGGCGAUAUUAAAUACAACUAUGGUAGCCACAGAGGCAUGGGGAAAUGGUGAGAUGAUACAUAUAUAUCCCUUGCUUCCUUGUCUAAAUGAACUGAUUUCUGACCUAUAUUUAUGAAAAUGUCACCAAGCUUUCUGAGAAGCUAAACAGGAAGAAAGGAGUUUUUAAAACAUUUUUAGAGGGAGUAAUGA